AUGGACGAAUUUUUUGAAAUCCUUGACUGGCCGGAUAGUAGUUAUUCAUCUAUAAAAACCGGAUAUUCCUGCAAUAUUCAAAAUAAUGAAAACGAGAAUAAAAAGAAUACUUUGCUUGAUAGUAAUGGUUUUUCGAAGGAUGAUUCGAACAGCGUUUUAAAAGAAAAUUCUCAAAAUAAUACUGUGAUUUGCAAUGAGCCUCAAUCUAGUUUUAAUUUAAAAGAUCCUCCUGAUAUUAAUGAGAUUUUGGAAUUAGAUGAAAUAAAUAUAAAACCCACCCCACAUAAUGUUAGUGUUCUUAAUGCUGCAUGUCAAAAAGUUUUAAUAGAAAUGGAAAGUACUCUUCUUAAUUUACUUGAAAAAAAUCGUGCCGAUCAAGAAAUCGUUUUGAAUUAUUUAAAUUCUAAUGAAAAACCUACUGUGAAUAGUGAACCAAAGAAAAAAACUUUUAGCAGUCUUUGCAUUCCAUUUUUUAAAAAUGAAUUAGGUUAUCCUCCACCUCAAAAUCAAGAUGUAAUAAGAAAAAAGAGAAAUCAUAGUCAUUUAUCUGUUGAAAGUGUGUAUGUGUCACACAUUUGGAGUCCCAAGGAUUCUAAUUUAUUAGUUAAAGCUGUAAAUGAAGAGCAAAAAGAAAAAUCAAAUGGUAAAUGUAUUGAUGCCAAUUCAAUAGAUUGGAUGAAAAUUUCAGCUUCUUACAUGAAUGAAAAAUUUACCGAUUCAGAAUGUAAAUCCAAAUGGAUAUUACAUUCAAGUCCAAGUGUGAACAAAUCUCCUUGGAAAUCCAAUGAAAUUAAAAACCUAAUGUCUAUAUCGAAGAAAUAUGGUAAACAAAAUUGGGAUGAAAUAGCUAUCGAAUUAGGAACAAACAGAACAGGUUUUCAAUGUUGUGUAAAAUAUCACAUUCAACAGAAUAGAAAUGGCAGCAGGUGGUCCAAAGAAGAAGAUUCAGCUUUAAUAUCAUUAGUAAAACAAUAUCAAAUUAAAGAUUAUAUUCCAUGGAAAAAAGUAGCUUGGAACGUUGAUGGAAGAACACUUAGGCAAUGUUACGAAAGAUAUAAUUACCAUUUACAAGACAUAAAAAAGGGAUAUUUUACAAAACAAGAAGAUUUUUUAUUAGUUUAUUUAUAUUCUCAACUUCACAAUUUUAGAGAAGUUGGAAAAUAUUUCCCCUAUAGAGUCCCCCCUCAAAUACGAGCAAGGUAUGAAUACCUUGUCAAAUCUGCGAUGCCAAAAUUUACCAAAGAAGAAGAUAAAUUAUUAGCAGAACUUGUUGUGAAAUAUGCACGUAACUGGAAUAAAAUAAGUGAACAUUUUACAAACCGUUCCAAGCUUCAAUGUAGAAAAAGAUGGGCCGACAUACAGAAAGAAAUCAGUCUUAAAGUUAAAAAUGAUAAUGAGAGUGACAGUGAUGUUGAUAGCGUGGAUUUAAUAUCCGAUGAAAAUCCAAACACGGAAAAACAAAUAAAAUUAGAUGCAAACGUUUUAAAUCCAUCGUUGACUUCGAGUUCGAGCAGGAAAAAAAAACAACACAGUUUUUCUCCCGAAUAUGUGAAUUUAAUGAACUAUUGCAAACACAGUUACAAAUUUUUAUUCGGUCCGAAACCACGACAACCCACGGAAGACGCAGAUAAAAAACUUUUGUGCGAUAAUUUAAUAAUUUCAAUGAAAAGUUUAGGAAUCGAAAACGUUAAAAGUUCUUUCGACGUGUCCGCGUUAUCAAACGAUUGCGAAUUUGACGCAGAAGAUGUGGAAACAUUAAAAAGAAUUAAAAAAAGCGAGGAAGACAACGAAACGGAAACGGAAAUCGAAGUCUGUCACAAAAUAAUACCUCCCAAUUACGUGACGUUGGUUGGCGCGAGAACGUUGACUUUAAACAAAGGCAAAAUAAAAAAUCUUUGCGAAUUUUACAAAAAAGACACGAAAUCGAUUCAAACCGGUUUUUCGGACAACGAGAGAAUGUUAUUCAGCGAUGCUAAAAAAUUAUUCAAAUCGAGAUUGAAAACGUUGUUUGCGUUUCCGUUGAUUUUGUCGAACAUUUCGCCGAACGUUAUCGAUUUGAAAAAUGUAAAAAAAGGAAAAGCGAAAAAAAGCAAACCCUUGUCGCAGAGACAAAGGAAAAAUCAUUCGAAAAUGAUGAGAGCUCAUAAGAAAUCAUCGAGCAAAGUUAAAAAAAUGAUAAAUAAAAUUAUUUCGGAUCAAAAAUGCGAAGAAUUACCUGAAAAUGACGAAACGGUUGGGAAACGAAACGAAGCAGACGAAAAACGAAUCAACGGUGACGAAAGUACGACGAUGACGUCAAGUGAUUCGAACGUAACCAAAGUUAAAAGGAAAAGAGGGCGACCGCCGAAAAAUUUAAAAAAUGGCGGGAAAAAAAUUAAACUAUCAGAUUAA